AAUUGUGUGAAUUCGAUUGCGAGGAAAGCACCUAGGUUUCUUUGAAAGUAGCUAUGGAUGAUCAGACGCGAAUGCUGGCAGGUCUCGCCGGACUCGGCGGGUUAUCACAAGGCGACGUUGGCGACCCAGACUCUGUUAGAAAACAGCUCGGUCAACCGCAACAAGACAUUGGGGAUAUUCUACAACAGAUCAUGGCCAUCACAGACGAAAGCCUGGACGAGGCGCAGGCCAGAUGCUGGCCAGAGGAGUCGCCGGCGCACUGGGGCGGAUCAGAUGACCCCGCAGAGGGAGGGGAAGCUGGGGGGGGCACGGCAGGGGGUGGCCUGCCGCUCAACUUCCAGCACAGGAAACACGCCCUGAACUGUCACAGAAUGAAGCCCGCCCUCUUCAGCGUUCUGUGUGAGAUCAAAGAGAAGACGGUGCUGAGUAUCCGAGGCAUUCAGGAUGAGGACCCCCCAGACCCCCAGAUCAUGCGUCUGGACAACAUGCUGCUGGCCGAGGGCGUGUCUGGCCCAGAGAAGGGCGGGGGCUCGGCUGCGGCGGCGGCGGCUGCAGCAGCAGCAGGAGGGUCGCCCGGCGCCGACGGAGGCAUCGAACACUCAGACUACAGAGCCAAGCUGGCCCAGAUCAGACAGAUCUACCACUCUGAGCUGGAGAAAUAUGAACAGGCAUGCAGUGAGUUCACCAACCACGUGAUGAACCUGCUGAGGGAGCAGUCUCGCACGCGGCCCAUCUCUCCCAAGGAGAUCGAGCGCAUGGUGGCCAUCAUCCACCGCAAGUUCAGCUCCAUCCAGAUGCAGCUCAAACAGAGCACCUGCGAGGCCGUCAUGAUCCUACGCUCCAGAUUCCUCGACGCCAGGCGUAAGAGGCGUAACUUCAACAAGCAGGCUACAGAGGUUCUGAACGAGUACUUCUACUCCCACCUGUCCAAUCCCUACCCCAGUGAGGAGGCUAAAGAAGAGCUGGCCAAGAAGUGUGCCAUCACAGUCUCCCAGGUUUCUAAUUGGUUCGGCAACAAGAGAAUACGGUACAAGAAGAACAUUGGUAAGUUCCAGGAGGAAGCGAACCUCUACGCAGUUAAAACAGCGGUGGAUGCUGCCAGCGUGUCGGCGCAGGCUAGCCAGGCUAACUCUCCGGCGACGCCCAACUCAGGGUCGUCAGGGUCAUACAGCUUGUCUCAUGCUGGCGACGCUGCUGCUGCCUACCUCGGCCUGCACCCCUUGAACCUCAACGGGGCUGGGGAGGCCGUCCUCAACAUCUCUCCCUCUCUGCAGCCCCAGGUGGAUACCCUGCACCAUGUUACACGCCUGACGGCAGGCUAUGAGGAGCUGACCACUAGCGCCCUCUACGCCCCACACCGUCUCGACACUAGCAACAGCUGGCAGGACAACACCCAACCCUCCUGUGUCACUUCUCCACCAGCCCCCCCCCUGGCAGUGUCCACUCUGACACCUCCAACUGAGGCACCCCUCUUCCUCCACCCCAGAGACCUCUUUCUUUUGGGAUAUGCUCGGACUACCCACUUACCCCCCCCCCAUCCUCCUUCCUGCCUACCUCUCCACUACCGGUCCGGACUGGGCAGGCGCUGUGUAUACACACACUUCUGUGGACUGUUAAGAUGGACAAGUGAACAGAAGGCAUUUACCUUUCACACUAGAGAAAUUCUGGAGGCUCGUUUUUGUCUUCAUAUUGAAUGAGGAGACUGACUGGCGCCUGAUCAUGACUUCCCCCUCGCUGCCUCCAGGACCUUUGACCUUUGGGGAACUACUAACCCAACCUGGCUGUGUAGAGCAGGUGAUGAUCACUGUCUGUACAUUACCUGUGUAAAUGCUCAUGUCAACUCCACACAGUGUUCACAGCCUGUCCAUUACCUAUCCCUUGUGAGGUUCUGGUGUUGACGCGUGUGAUAGUGGUCACACACUCUCUGGCGAUACGGAUCACAAGACGAGCUCUGCUCACCUUGCUUGUACCAAAGUGAUGUCCUCUCUCCUCCUACCCCAACCUGAUAGUUUUCACCCCCCCUUCUGUUCCUCUGAGAACCAACUGGUAACACAAAGACACCGUUGUUGUUUCUCCCUUCUUUUAGGUUUGAGCGAGUGCUUUAUAGGUCAGAUAUGCACACACCACCCACUUUUACAACCCCUCGUAUGGAACGUGGACACAGAUCUGUCGAGCACAAACUUUUGCACCUUUUUACAGGUGCCGUCUACCUGGUGACAGUAGUACUGGGGAGUUGAGCAUACAGUUGGCCUGAGGGCAGGACUGAAGAUGGAGUGGGGAAAUGAGCGAUCCUCUUUAGUCCUCCAGAGGUCGUUUCUAUUGCGUCCCCCUUCGGUUAGUCAUCAAAAGUUAUCGACUCUUUUGUAGGCGUUUACUUUCCUCUGUCAACUACUUUUAGUUGAUUGUAGCCUUUUUCUUUCUAAUGUUGUUUCACAAAGAAAUGCACCAGCCACCAAAUAAACAGUUUGUUUAUAGAACUUAAAUGUGGUGUUGAGACGGUGGAAUGAAAUGCGUUUUGGGGCAGAGAGAUGGCUAUUUCAUUGGGGGGACAAAAUGUGACAUGAAAAUAUUUGUGACCGUCUUCCAAUGCAUGUCGGCUUUUUAGGUGUUCAGUGAUGGCGCUCAUUUAAAUAUUCAAGUUAUUUAGCUUCUUCACUUUUGUUUUCUCAAAGACACAGACCAAAAAGGAGUAAUGCUGUAUGUACAGAGUUUCUUAGAUGUUUCAAUCGGGAUGGCUUAAUUGAACACAGCCCAGCCUUGCCGUAUUCAUUAGGAACGGAACUGGCUGAAGUGGAGGGACUUACCUGAAUUUGUCCAAGAAAUGUAUUUUUUCUUUUGUUGCCAUUGCUAAACAUUUUUGCUACGGUACAAAACGUUUCACUUUCGGUGUACACUAAUGAAUAGGACCCUGGGUUUAUACUCUACCAAAUGGUCUCUGUCUGGAUCAGAACUUUCCUGGGGGCGUGCACCGAAGUGCGUGAAGUCAGAGGUUAUGGAGUACAUUCAGCCUUUACAUAUUUUUUUUUAUCAGUUAGUCUGUGGUAUAUUUAACAACUGUGGCCUCCCCACUAGCAGGGUAUUGUUCAGUAGGGUGAAAAUAUUUUUAAAACGAGUGAUACGGGUAGAUGCUACUACCUGAACUUAUCCAAUAGGAAUACGUGUUUUUGGUUGCAAACCGUUUUGCUACGUUGUGCCCUACUGAACAGGACUCGGGUGGAAGUCCCCGGUCCAGACAGGGCUUAAACUCUCAUCUACUCAUAAUAAUCUGUCUUGCUCACAGGCCACACUACAACUUUGCAUUGUACCAAAAAUACCAGUUAUCAAGAUGAUUAUAUUUCACACACAAAAGUUGGUGAAUAAAAAGUUCUGUUUUGGGGUAGAGGGAAUUGUAUUUGUACUUAUCUUUUUAUGGUGUUGUCUGGCCUCAUGUCGUUUAAGUUUGGGGUUAUAUAUGGGGGGGCUGUUUGUCUGUCACACCAGUGCUAAAGAAUUGAUUGUAUUGUUGCUGUGGAGACGACAGAGCAUCGUUGCUGUAGAGAGCACCUGUUCCAUGGGAAGGCAUGUUUUCUCCCUUUACUCCAUCUCAGAAUCUGCUGGUAAAAAAAUGGAUCCUAUUGGUUUAGCUCUAUGAUUUGGCCAAUCAGCAAGGGCUUUACUCUGUUAACUGUUACCAAAAAGGUACCACUGGUUUUAUUACGAUAAACAAGGUAGUCUUCAGUUUCUCUGAUUUCAUUUCAUUUUAUUUUCAUUCAGCUUAAAAUUGUUAUUUACAAUCAUACAUCAACUGUUAAAAGUACCGGGCAUUUUGAUAAAGGACAAACUAUAUAUUAAACAGAUAUACAUACAUCGUUACAGAGACCUCUUAUAUUGUAUUACCCAAAUUAGUGUCAUUGUUUACUGUUAUUAUAAACAUUUCAUAUAGCUUAUUAUAUCUUACCACUACUACACCAAAUUAGUCUUGUCUUUUUCUACCAGUCGUAAAUGGAUGUCACUGUACAGAUUGUGGAAUGUUCGUUUCUCUUUUUAUAAACCCUCUGCUUUAUUUUUGGGUGAGUUGCCUGAUUGUUUGGUCUUUAAUGUUCUGAGGUUGGGGUCAAGUUAACUAUUUUUUGAAUGAUUAUUUGCCUAUUUUAACUUGGUCUUUUUGUUAAUUGGGGUUAUGGGUAUUGUAGUUUUGUUUGGUACUGUGUGAAUUCUAAUUGGAACUUCUGUGAAACCGCAUUUUAGCAAUAACCGCUGAAUUAAUGCCAGCGCCAUUGCUGGCCAUCUUGCUAGCAUAUACCGUGAAUGCAUUUAAUCAGCCCUUACCUCAACUGGGGAACAAAGUAUCUCACAUUUUUUAGAAAUCCCUUAACCAUUUAACUUCGGCCAUUUUGUCUGGAUUGACCCUUCUUUUUUUUCUCCAAGUAUUUUAUACUAACGAUACAGUUAAACGUAAAAAUGGAGCUAUUCCUAUACAGGUUGAGCCAAUAGUGAGUCACCUACUGUAGGAUUCUACCACAGAAUAUUAUAUCUGCGACCGUAGAAUUCCACAGCACCAAAUCAAACGAUACAUUAAACCCUUUUAAUGUGUCACUUUGUUUUGUUAGUAUCUUUGUAUAUUGCUCCCUCUUCUUCGUCCCCUUGUAUUUUAAAUACCCCCUCUCGUCUCUACCUCUGUCUCUUGUAUAUAAAACCCCACUGUUUCAAGACCUGCGAGUCUGUACGAACUUAUUUUAUACCUCAACUUUAGAAUUGUUCUAGAACGAGUAAAAAGAAUGACAAGUUGUAGUGUUCCUUAUUAGAAGAAAAAAAAUGAAUAAAAUAAUUGUGCUUUUCAUUA